AUGAUUUAUAUUCCAUUUUUCCUGUUUUUAGCCGUUAAUUCAUUUGAAUGUUCUGUUGGGUGUUUAACUCCAUGUGUUUCUGAUUUUACAUGUUUGACGUGUAAAGAAGGGUAUUACCAAGACAGUAACUGUGAGAUGUGUCAAAAUAUCAACCCGAACAUACCGAUCAGUGAAGAGAACCCUCUAUACGUCAAAGUGAAUUCCACGUGUCAGAAGACAUUAAAUGUUUACAACAAAACGACGUGGAUGCCAUCAGAGUACAUCGCACUUGCGUAUGAACAAACUGUGAAGAUCAAAUUUGACUCAGAAACAAAGUACGACGUCGGUCCUUGUGUCUUUGCUGGCAACAAACAAAACCAAUAUCGCCCUGCCAGGUGGCUUUCUGUGAACAUCACUGGAGUGACGCAACUCAUCACUUUGUCCUUCAAAUUUGUAUCUCCGAAGAAGCAAAGUGUGUUUUACGAUAUCACAUCGUCUGCACCUAAUGAGAGUAUACCCAACUGCUUAGUCAGAGGAUACCUCCCAGAUACUUUAACUGACAAUUCUCUGACCUUUCCAAAGCCAAAGAGUACCCCUACAGUCACCACAUUCUAUUUGUUCCUCAGUUUAUCGUCACAAGGAGAAAACGUGGAAGUCGCUGUCUCCUUGUCGCAGUCACUUCACGUCGCUUCCGCGCCGUAUUACGCUAUAACCAAAUAUCAAGUGGACAAAAUGGUGCAACAAAAGAGAAUCUACACCGUCGACUUUCCAAUGUACUCAAGAGGGAAUUACUUAUACCCUGUCUGUGCGCCAGGGAAGUUAAUGAAAGCACUUAUAUUCACUAUGGACUUCUCUGGUGAUUACUCUGUUCUCGUUAAUUCGAGUAUAGCGAACCGGUACGAGUACUUAGAAGAGUACUCUGUUGAUGCAGCAGACAAAGUCUCUUGUGAUGCGUUUUGGGGGAGGUCAUCAUAUGGGGUGUGGGAUGGGAGUAGUGACGUUGGGCUCUUAGUGCGCGUCAAAGGCGAUGUCAAUCGACUGAGAAACUUCACGAUCUUGACGACGGAGCAUGACACGGAUAUCAGUCUUAUCUUCAAAGUCAUCUGCCCCAAUGACUGUAACAGUAAGAGUGGACAUGGACAAUGCUCAACUAAGCGUGGAGAGUGUAUAUGUGAAGACAAAUAUGGUGGUGAAGCGUGUGACUUAAAGUGUUAUUACAAUAACAGUUGGCAGCCAAUUGGGAACAAAGGCGACAAUCAGUGUUUUUAUGGGAGUGAUGGAUGUCUUGACAAUUGUACCUGUAAAAGCAGAUAUCAGCUUGAAGACCAUUUCUGUGUGUCUGAAAUGUGUUACUCAAAUCUUUUGAAUGCAUCGGAGGACAAUGUCGACGAGAACUGUUUGAAAUCGACGCCACACUGCUUGAUUAAUUGCAAGUGCGAAGUCGGAUAUAAAGCCACAGAGGAGUAUAGAUGUUUGUCUGAGAAGUGUGGGAAUGGGAUUCUGGACGAAGGCGAGUCGUGUGACUCGGGAACAAACUGUAACAAAUACUGUGAGUGUGCAGAAGGGUUCUCACAAGAUGCGUCGAGUCCAAACAACUGCAUUAAAAAGGGAUUUGAGUGGUACUUUGGGAUGAUCAUAGGUAUCGUAGCUCUUGUGAUCAUAGUGAUUAUACUUAUUAGUAUAGUUUCUCUUGUUAUCAUCACACAAAAGCGAAAGAAGAAUUACGACAUAUAUAAAGAGCAACAAAGUGUGUAUUACUUGUACUUAACUGGGUCUGUAAAUGACGAUAAGAACACCAAAAAAGAGCGAGAAGAAGAAAGUCGUGUAAUAGUUGAGCCGCUUGAAUUGGAGUUUGGAAAUGAAGGAGUUCCCACAGAAGUGUUUGAUACCCGAUUUGAAGAAAUUGAAAUUAAGAACAAGUCGGGGAAUAAGUGGAUGAUGGUGAUUAUUCACACCCCAAAUAAUCCAAAGUACGUCUUUCACUUUGAGCCUCAAGUGGCUUAUUUACGACCAAAAGCUACGAUGACCACGACGAGUUACAUGACUCUCCGCUGCACAACGAAAAUUAAAGAUAUGAAAAUCCCAUAUUCUGUGUGGUUUAGUCGAAGUAAAAAGACGUUAGAAAAGAUAGAAAACAUUUUAAAGGGGAAGUCGUUUGAGGAAUGGUCGACAGAAGACCAAAGAAGUCUUGACGUGUUAUUAAAAGAAGUGGUGAAACGCAGUCACAACUUUUUCACGAUAAAAACGGAUGCUGCGAGUUCGACGCAUCUCGACAUGGAUGAGUUAGGUAUUCGCGACAAAGUGAUUUCCGAGACGGAGAAGAGUAAAAUUCUGUUAGGGAAAUAUCGGAGUAUUCCUGUUGCGGUGAAACUCUUCAAAUUUGACAAUUUGAGUGAAGAAGUGGAGAAGCAGCGGCGCAAAGAGAUCACCGACGAGUGUGAAUUGAUGACUAAAUUGCGUAAUCCGUUUGUUGUUGGGUAUUUAGGGUCUGUCACAUAUCUUCCGCAGAUCGCGAUGGUGAUGCAGUACUUUGUCUUAGGGAGUCUUAAAGAUUAUUUGAAUACACCAAAUAGUGUUUCAGGCUCCAAGAAUGUGAUUACGAUGCCUUACAAAUUGAAGAUCAAAAUACUCAUAGACUGUGCACGUGGGAUGCAGUUCUUACAUGAGAACAAGAUCGUUCACAGCGACUUAAAGCCAGACAAUCUGUUGAUUAACUCGUUAUACUUUGAGUCGCCUUGUGUGUGCAAAAUCACUGAUUUUGGAUCAAACAGUUUUGUGCGGGACUUUAAAGACAAACGCGAUAGAGUGACAAGAUACAUGGCUCCCGAGUGUUUCUCAAACUACUUCUCAUAUGGCAGUGACAAAUAUGCGUUUGGUAUCAUCGGCUGGGAGUUGUUUUAUAUGAAAAAUGCGUUCUUUGAUUAUUCAAAUGAGGAAGAAAUAAAGAGUGCAGUGCUCAAUGGAAAGCGUCCGGAGUUCGACGACACCAUUUCAGUUAACUUAAAAGCUGUGUUUGAGACGGCGUGGAAACAAAAAGAGGAGGACCGACCCUCUUUCGACUCUUCUGCUCAGAAACUUUUAAAAAUCCUCGAAGAAGCUGCUAACCACCCGGAAUUGGACAACACAAGUUAUAUGGAAAUCAUCGAAGAGUUCAUUAACGAGAAGACAAGGAAGUUGGAUGAGUUACUUGUCGACGAGUGA